AUGGCGGAUAAACCUAACAAGGACGCCAGCAGCGGCCACAUGGAGACGAGCAAGGCGGAGAGACACGUGUGGCUCAUGAAGUGCCCACCCGUGGUCGCGCGUGCCAUGCAGAGCAACCACCACCAUCAGCCCUUGCCGCCGUUCUCCGCCGACACCGCCGCGGGCCCCGUCGUCGCCAAGGUCGUCGUCGCGGUAGAUCCGCUGCUCCCCAACGACGACUUCUCCUCCACGCAGUUUACUAUGGAGUUGGCUGGCACUGCUGAUAGAAACAUGCCAAAGAGCUACUCAAUGAACAUGUCCACAGAUUUUAUGCCUAUGUGUGUCUUUGCCGAGUCAUCUCAAGGGAAGCCUUCUGUGGAGGGGAAAAUAUACCAUAAAUUCGACAUGAAGCCCCAUAAUGAAAAUAUGGAAGAUUAUGCAAAACUAUGUCGGGAGAGGACUAACAAGUACAUGACUAGGACAAGACAAAUUAAGAUCAUUGACGACGAUAGUGGGAUGCGCAUGAGGCCCAUGCCAGGAAUGAUUGAUAUGAAGUCCUCUGUAUCGGUGGAUAAUAAGAAAGCUCCAGCGAGGGGUUCAGAAACGAAAAGAACAAGAAGAGACCCUGAAGAAAUGGAAAAGAUAAUGUUUAAACUUUUCGAGAGACAGUCAAAUUGGACAUUGAAACAGCUAAUUCAGCAGACAGAUCAACCCGAGCAAUUUCUUAAAGACAUGCUCAAGCUGCUCUGCGUGUACAACAACAAAGGAGCCAAUCAAGGUUCGUAUGAGCUCAAGCCCGAAUAUCGGAGAUCAGAAGAUAAAUCAAGUUCAUAG